CGAACCGUGUAUCAAAUUGUACCGAGACGAUAGCGAUAAGAUUGUUAAUAGAAUUUAUCUUUUGAUAGAACAGCCAAUCUUGCGAACAUCAUUCUCAGUUCUUCAAUCGAGAGUUCGCAUAAAUCGGAGAGAUUCAACGAAAAAACAUUUGAAUUUUAUUGGAUUCUGGUGAUACGUUGUUAUUUCGAGGGUUUUUACUUGUGAAAGAUUUGGCUUGGAGUACUCAGGAUGCUGCAACUUAAGAAAUGUUUGUUUCUUCGCGCUUCGUCGUGUAAAUCAAUAAAUAUUUCUCGUAGAUUGUCUCUUCUUCGAGAACAAAGCUAUGUGGAUGGAAAUUGGGUAAAUGCAAAAAACGGGCAAACUUUCGAGGUAUUAAACCCGGUUGACGGAAGCAUAGUGGGAAAAGUGCCGAAUAUGAAUAAAGAAGACACGGAAUUGGCGAUAACAGCGGCGAGUAAAUCUUUCAAGAGUUUCAGCCGCACGAGCGCGAAAGAGCGCAGUGAUUGGUUGAGAAAUUGGUACAACCUUAUGGUGAAGCAUUCGGAGGAAUUGGCGUGUAUAUUAACGAAAGAAAACGGCAAGUCGCUGGCAGAAUCAAGGGGGGAAAUAAAAUACGGAAAUUCGUUCGUCGAGUGGUUUUCGGAAGAGGCGCGUCGAAUAAAUGGUGAAAUUCUGCAACCUCCCGCUCCCAACAGAGAAUUGUUACUAUUGAAGCAACCGGUCGGAGUGGCCGCUCUGAUAACACCGUGGAACUUUCCUCAUGCAAUGAUAACACGAAAAGCUGGAGCAGCACUUGCAGCAGGUUGCACUUGCGUUAUAAAACCCUCCGAGGAUACGCCAUUGACAGCCCUCGCGUUGGCAGCUUUGGCCGAAGAAGCUGGGAUUCCCCGCGGCGUUAUUAACGUAGUGACCGCAGACGCGAGCAAUUCCCCGGCAGUCGGAAAGGAACUGUGCGCUGAUUUUCGCGUACGAGCUCUCUCCUUCACGGGUUCAACGACCGUCGGUAAGAUGUUGUAUCAACAAUGCGCCCCAACAAUGAAACGUCUGAGUCUCGAAUUAGGUGGUAAUGCUCCUUACAUUGUUUUCGAAUCGGCCGAUAUCGACCAUGCCGUGGCGGGAGCAAUGACCUCUAAAUUCCGUAAUACUGGACAAACGUGUGUUUCGGCAAAUCGUUUCUUCGUGCAAGAUCGUAUAUUCGACGAAUUCGUCGAAAAAUUCGUUGGAAAAAUAAAAAACGAAAUUAAAUUGGGCGAUGGAAUCAAGGAUAACGUGACUCAUGGACCUCUCAUUAAAGAAAGCCAGCUUCAAAUCGUCCAUAACCUCGUUCAUGACGCUAUUUCGAAAGGCGCCAAAAUACACUGCGGUGGCAAAGUUCGAAAUGAUUUGGGACCUUUGUUUUACGAGCCCACCUUAAUGACCGACGUUACCAGCGACAUGGAUAUUUAUCGCCGCGAAAUAUUCGGACCUGUCGCUGUCAUCCACAAAUUCAAUUCUGAAGACAGCGUUCUUGAAGCUGCUAACGAUAUCCAUGUUGGUCUAGCCGGCUAUUUCUUUUCACGCGAUAUUUCUCAAAUAUUCCGCGUUGCUAAGAAAAUGGAAGUUGGUAUGGUCGGUGUAAACGAAGGAUUGAUAUCUUGCGCAGAAGCUGCUUUUGGUGGAGUCAAAGAAUCCGGUCUUGGGAGAGAAGGCUCAAGACACGGCGUCGACGAUUAUUUGGAUAUCAAAUAUGUUUGUAUAGGCAACCUCAAAUUGUAAAUCUUCCAUAGAGUAACUGAAAAAUAUUUUGAGGACCAUUUUUUGGAAAUGGUUUUCCAAAAAUAUUGUUAUUCGUGAUAUUCCAAUGUCUUCCAACGAUCAGUCGAUCGUCGCUAAAUCCUCGAUAAUAAUACUCAGAAAACUCAAUGUAAAAUGAUAAAUGCUCAGCGGAGCCAGAUAGAUACUAAGGAAUUAUUUAUGUACAUGACUAUUAAUACAGUGACAUAAGUUGUUUAGAAAAUAACCAAGGAUAAUCGAUGAAUUUUAUUUUUAUGUGUAUUAGAAAGAAAUAAAAUGAAAAUCUACAGAAAAAACUGUUAUUUACUACAAUGAUCGUGUGUGUAAAUAAGUAAAAUAAAUUUCAAUUCAUUCGAA